UUCAAUUCUGACAUGAUUCUGACACUCUGACACUGACGUUUCAUUAAAUGCAAAUUUUCACCAACCCAAAAAAUAAUAGUACCCAAUAGUUUAUCAUCAAUAAUUUGAAUAAUUUCCAAAAAUAAAACUUAAUUAAUCGAACAAAUGAACAAAAUCAUAAUUCCUUUAAUCCUCUAACAUUGUGAGGCCUAGUCAACAUCAUUGCCACUUAAACCAUUCAAAAGUGGCACCCAAGUAAAGUUAAUUUAUUAGUAAAAAAGGUGAUUCACAAUAUAAGAUCACUUAUCUAGGAUUACAAUAGUUAAUUAAUUAAAAUGGCAUCAGGAACCACUCUGCAGAAAGCUAUAGAUUUGGUGACAAAGGCCACCGAGGAAGAUAGGAACAAGAACUACGAAGAAGCGUUGAGAUUGUACGAACAUGGGGUGGAGUAUUUUUUACAUGCAAUUAAGUAUGAGGCACAAGGAGAUAAAGCUAAAGACAGCAUUAGAGCAAAAUGCGUUCAAUACCUGGAGAGAGCGGAGAAAAUUAAAGAUUCCAUAAAAAAAGGGAAGAAAAAGCCAGUAUUAGAUGGCGGUUCAAAAGAUGACAAGAAAAGCAGUGAUAGCGACGAAGACGACGAAGAUCCUGAAAAGAAAAAGAUGCAAUCGAAACUAGAAGGCGCCAUAGUAGUAGAAAAGCCUAAAGUCAAAUGGAACGAUGUAGCAGGUUUGGAUGCAGCUAAAGAAGCUUUAAAAGAGGCCGUCAUAUUACCUAUCAGGUUUCCGCAUUUAUUCAGUGGCAAACGAACUCCUUGGAAAGGGAUUUUGCUUUUCGGGCCUCCAGGUACUGGUAAAUCUUACCUAGCCAAAGCCGUAGCAACUGAAGCAAACAAUUCCACCUUCUUUUCUGUGUCCUCGUCAGAUUUAGUGUCCAAAUGGCUGGGCGAAUCAGAAAAAUUAGUCAGGAAUUUGUUCGAGCUGGCCAGAACCCACAAACCUAGCAUCAUUUUCAUUGACGAAGUCGACUCUUUGUGUUCGUCCAGGUCCGAUAACGAAUCGGAAAGUGCUAGGAGAAUAAAAACGGAGUUUUUGGUUCAAAUGCAAGGGGUUGGUCAUGAUUCAGAAGGCAUUUUAGUGCUGGGCGCCACAAAUAUUCCAUGGGUACUAGACGCUGCUAUCAGAAGGCGUUUCGAAAAACGUAUUUAUAUACCUCUACCUGAAGAACAUGCCAGGGCGACUAUGUUUAAGAUUCAUUUGGGCAGUACCCGUACUGAACUUACUGAAGAGGAUAUUAAGGAGCUUGGUAGAAGAACUGAUGGAUAUUCUGGAGCUGAUAUCAGUAUAGUAGUACGUGACGCUCUAAUGCAACCAGUACGCAAAGUACAAACUGCUACUCACUUUAAAACGAUCAGCGGGCCAAGUCCUAAAGACCCAAACGUCAUUGUACACGAUUUAUUGAUUCCUUGCUCUCCCGGUGAAGCUGGAGCUCAGGAAAUGUCUUGGAUGGAAGUUGAUGGUGAUAAAUUAGCAGAACCACCUGUUACAAUGAAUGAUAUGUUGAGGUCUUUGGCUACUUCUAAACCAACUGUAAAUGACGAAGAUUUGGUAAAAUUAGAAAAAUUCAUGAAAGAUUUUGGUCAAGAAGGUUAAUUUUAAUUAAAAUAUUUGUCCUGUUCAUAAUAGCGUUUUGUAAAUUUUUUUGGCUGCAAGUUACUUUUGUUAACUGAAGAUUUUUAGGAGUUUAAGAUUUUAAUGAUGUUUCUCAGUACGAGCUCCUUAUUGGUGUUUUAAAUUUUGCACUGUAUAUUUAUAAUCUUCUUGCUCGGAUAAGUCUUCAUGAAAUUCUUGCUUUACUUAAAUUAAUUUUUUCAUUUCAAUAAUUAACAUUAAAAAUGCCUUAUUAGUUUUUAUUUUUAUUAUACAUAGAAAAGAACAGUUUAUAUUUGUAUUAAAUAAAGUUGAUACUUAAAGUUU